AAAAGGAAAAGGAAAUUUUUACUUACUAAAUUCCCAGCAAAUUCGAAAAUAUGAAGAGCAUGAUUUAUUUACUAAUGAAGGCGAAAUGGAAGAAAUCAUCAAAAAGGAAGGAAAAGAGAUUCCGCGAGCGCAUGAGAGCGGAGAUGGGAAUGAUCAGAGUCAGACAACAAACACGGAUGCAGUGUAGCUCAAUUGUGGCUGAAAUGGAAAAGCUUCAAGAAGAGGUAGCAUUGAAGAGGGAAGAGACAAGCGCCCUGAGGCAGCAGCAGUUAAGGGAAGAAGAAACUAAGGUGGAAGCUAUCUUACAAAGUCUCAAUCAACAAAGGCUGCUUAACGCCCGCCUCUUAUUCCAACAUUCAUGUCACCAACAGCUUCUUGACCUUCUGAUACGCCAUUUUCUGGGAGAUUGAAUCUAUACCAAUUGGUAAGCUUAUUGAAGCUUAGUAAAUUUGAUAUAUAGAAUCAAUAAACCUUACCAAAGUAAAAACAACAUUUCAACCAAUAAUAUGUCAACUACAAUGUUUCUUAUCAUCUAAAAUCUCAACCCGGUGAAUUGUAUAAUUCAAUUCAAAACUCAACCAAAGUUCUCUGAGAAUAAUAUAUAUAUCCACAAUAUAAUCAAGUCUAGAUAUCAAUUACAUGUCAUGACAUUCAAAGUCAUUAUUUAAGUGUAAUACAAUCAUUUAUGAUUUGAUAAACGACUACAGAUACAAGCACAUUAAUCCACCCGAUAACACGCCAAUUGCUCCGAAGAACUAGUCCAACCGAAAGCACAACAAAACAGGAAGUAUAAUAUGAGAGUUCGCAAAAAAUGCUAAACCUUAGCCUACUGGAGAAAAAUAAAUAUAUCACUCCACAUUAAUCUCCAUUCUAAUCCCCACAUAACACGCCAUCAUUCAAUUAUACUCUAUCUCUCAUUCAUUCGAUCAAAGUAUUGAAUUUCAAAAAUAAUUCUCAAAUAACUUUACAUCAACAAUAAAAUAAUUUAUAUAUUAUAUCAUAUUAUAUCAUCAAACAUUUUGUAUAGAUAUUAAAUGAUAAACCAUACGAACUUACUUGGACUAAGUUGUA